GCGCGAGCCCUGCAGCUUUUAGCGCCGUCGGGCUGCGGACUGUACCAAGUAAAUCCGGACAGCGAGGGGCAAAGCCCGGAACCCCCUGCGCGGGCCCGGUCGAUGGCCCGACUCGGGGAGCCCCUCUUCACACGUGAGCCAGGAAUGGUCCAUUUCGCGGCGCAAGCGCCCUAGGCUCUUCACGCCCCUCGCGCUCCCUCCUACCCCAUUUGCAGCGCAGGCGCCGAGCCCGGGCGUGCAGCCGCCGCCGCCGCCGAGCCGGAGCGGGGGCCGCCCUCGCCGCAUCCCUCUACCUGCUGACAUCUUGCAUUAGAGAACUUGUGGCCGAGGUGUGGCUGUGGAGAGCUGGCCAGGGAGGGACGCUGCCCAGCUGCUGCUCUGCUCCUGUCUCCUGUCCCCUCCCCUGGCCAUGACAGAGACCCGUGAGCCAGCUGAGACUGGGGGCUACGCCAGCUUGGAAGAAGACGAUGAGGACCUCUCUCCAGGCCCCGAGCAUUCCUCUGACUCCGAGUACACACUCUCAGAGCCGGACUCCGACGAGGAGGAAGACGAGGAGGAGGAGGAAGAGGAGACCACUGACGACCCCGAGUACGACCCUGGCUACAAGGUGAAGCAGCGCCUGGGCGGGGGCCGGGGCGGCCCUUCCCGCCGGGCCCCCCGCGCAGCCCAGCCCCCGGGGCCCCCAGCUCAGCCCUGCCAGCUCUGUGGCCGCUCGCCUCUUGGGGAAGCCCCCCCGGGCACCCCACCCUGCCGGCUCUGCUGCCCUGCUACAGCCCCCCAGGAAGCGCCAGCCCCCGACGGCAGGGCCCUCGGGGAGGAAGAGGAGGAGCCACCUCGGGCUGGGGAGGGCCGGCCGGCAGGGCGGGGGGACGAGGAGGACGAGGACGAGGAGGGCACCUUCCACUGCACGGAGUGCGAGGAUUCCUUCGACAGCCUCGGGGAGCUGCAUGGCCACUUCAUGCUGCACGCCCGGGGUGAGGUGUAGGCGGAGCCCCCACCGGGGAGCUUGGCCGAAGGGGCGGGUGGGAGGAGGGGGCUGAGGGAACGGGGGUGGCCGCGGUGGUCGCCGUGGUCUGGGGACGGGAAGCGCUGGUCUGUGUUGUCUCAGCUGCAGAUGUGUGAGGCCAGAAUAAAAGCCGAGUUCCGUGUG